ACUCGGCGAGGGAAGACCGUUAAGAGAGUCCGUCUGCAGAACCAGAAGUCCGCACAGUCCCCUGACACAGAGCCGCUGGCACGCACACCAUGGACGGGUAUGCCCGGAGCGAAGACGAGCUGUUCUCCUCCUGCCUGCUGAACCUCACCUGGGAGAAUUGCUACGAGCAGUGUGCUGCCUUGGUUGGUGAAGACCAGCCUUUCUGCCCGGACCUCCCUGAGCUGGACCUCUCAGAGCUGGAUGUCAGUGACUUGGAUGCAGACAGCUUCCUGGGCGGCCUCAAAUGGUACAGCGACCAAUCAGAGAUUAUUUCCACCCAGUAUGGCAACGAUGCGUCCAAUCUUUUUGAGAAGAUAGAUGAAGAAAAUGAGGCCAACUUGCUGGCAGUGCUUACAGAGACCCUGGACAGCAUCCCGGUGGAUGAGGACGGAUUGCCUUCGUUUGAGGCCCUGGCAGAUGGGGACGUGACCAAUGCCAGUGACCGGAGCUGUCCCUCCUCCCCCGACGGCUCGCCACGCACCCCAGAGCCCGAGGAGCCUUCCCUGCUGAAGAAGCUCCUUCUGGCACCCGCAAACUCCCAGCUCAGCUAUAAUCAAUACACAGGUGGCAAGGCACAGAACCAUGCAGCCAGCAGCAACCACCGGAUCAGACCACCACCUGCCGUCGUCAAGACGGAGAGCCCCUGGAAUGGCAAAGCGAGGGGGGGCUCCAGCCAACAGAACCGCCCGGUGAGGCGGCCCUGCACGGAGCUGCUGAAGUACCUGACCGCCACCGAUGACAUCCUGCUCCACACCAAAGCCAGCGACGCCAAGAGCACCUGGGGUGGUGCGGGCAGCAGGGAGAAGGGUGGCCUGGGUCUCGGUGCCUCUUCCUCUUCCUCUUCGCCGUCCUCGUCAUCCACCUCCUCGUUCUCCUCCCUCUCCUCCGUCUCUUCCACCUGUUCGUCCACCACCUCCAAGAAGAAGUUGGCCGUACCGUCUCCGCAGCAGCAGCCGCAGCAGCAGCCGCCGCAGCAGCAGCCGCCGCAGCAGCGAGGUGAGAGCCGGGCUGCAGGCAGGUGUAGUGUGGCUGGUGUUGGGGCUGGGAAGUGGCAGCGUUGCUCUCACGAUGACGGGGUUAAGGAGUCGGAGGGUGCUUCUAUCCCUGUCAGCUACGCCUGCUGCCAGGAGCACGGUGAAGAAGGAAGGCCGCCAGGCGAUGUGGGCCGCCUGGCUAGGUUUAUUAGGUAUAUGCAUUCUUAUUCCCUCCCUCCCCGAGAGGCGAGUCACAGCUGUGAGCAUUGCCGAGAGGCUGCGGGCGCCACUCAGGCUAGAGGCCGUAGAAACAGUAGCGUGGCCGGCCAUAGGCACAUCACAGUGACUAUUAAGAAAAGAGAUGAGAAGCCGGGGCACCCUUUGCUUAGCCAGCUGCUCACCUCCAAACACAGGCCUGCUCAGUAUAAAGUCCACAUACCCCCACCUCAGAUCACCCCUUUACCCAGCAUUCAGAGCAGGUCAGCAGGUAGGACCCCAGCGCAGGCUCCCUCAAAGGUGCAGGAGGAGCGGGAGUUGGGAGGAGCCGCUGAUAGUAGAAAGCGGGAAGUAAGUCAGCUUGAAGAGCCUGACUCAGGGUCCCAGGUUGGACCCCCGCCCUUAGGUUUAGAGAGCUGGGUUUACCAGCCAGACUCGGGGCUAGACUUUGGACUAGAGCUCGGGUGGCUAAACCAGGGGCCCUAUGGGGAGGAUGUUGACCAUGAUGAUGAUGAUGAUGUUGAUGAUGAUGAUGAUGUCAUGGGCAGCACUGCUACUAUCCCAAAUAAUAGAAUUGCAGUGCCAGCCCUCCCCUGCCUCUCACAUGGCCAAGUGCCCCCACACAGGCAGGCACUCAGCGAGCACCCCGACGACCAGGGCCUCCCGUUGUUAGCCAAACCAACCACCUUGCCACUUCCUUUGACCCCAGAGUCUCCAAAUGACCACAAGGGAUCACCGUUUGAGAACAAAACCAUUGAACGCACAUUAAGUGUGGAGAUUGCUGGAACCCCAGGUCUGACACCACCUACCACGCCCCCACACAAAGCCAGUCAAGAGAAUCCUUUCAAAGCAUCGCUCAAAACCAAGUUGUCUUCAUGUUCCUCAUCGGCCUUGGCGUGCAAAAGAGCCAGGCUGAGCGAAUUGGGCCCCGGCGCUCUGGCUCCGGCCCCAUGUGCCUCAGGUGGGGGCCCCUCCAGGAAGGGUCCUGAGCAGUCUGAGCUUUAUGCCCAGCUGAGCAAAGCGUCCACCGCCCCACCCUACUCAGUCACCCAACACACUUUGGGGGGCGGCCCUGAGGAACGUCGCAGCAUUAAGCGGGCGGCGCCUCGCAGCUACAGCGACCAUGACUAUUGCCAAGCUAGCGCUAAGAAGGACAGCGGCACAGCCACUGUUGCCAUGACUACAUCAGCGGUCACCUUAGGUGCCCCCACUGCGCCUUCCGUGCUUCCCGCAGGCAGCGUGGAGAACGGGCGUGUCGAAUGUAAGGACUCAGCCAUGCCUCCAUCCUCUUCAUCAUCUCCACCUCCUCCAUCAUCAGCUUUAUCUGCUUCCCUGGCGAAUGUUAAGGAGCAGACCCUCAAACAGACCCCCCAGAGCCCCCCACAGGAGGCCCCCAUUGACUGGGACCAACUCCACUGCUCUGCCAUCAGCCGGAAGCUCCUGCAAGACCAGGACAUCAGAGCAGAACUCAACAAGCAUUUUGGCCCCCCCUUAAAAGCCUUUCAUAUCCCGGGGGGCCAGGAGAGAGAAGCCAAACCAAGUAAGGCUGCGGCCCCUCAGACCCCUAAGGGGGGGGAGUCAGGGUACCCGAUCCUGCCCUUCCAGGACGACCUCGAUCUGGGGGAGACCCGCGAGAGCCGCUUCCUGUAUCCGUGGGAGGGCACUCCUCUGGACCUCCUUUUUGACUGCCCCCCCUGCUCCCCCUCCUGCUCCCCACGGUCCAGUUGUUCCCCCUCUCGAGGCUCCGUCUCCCCCCCCUCCUCCCUCCUCCAGUCGCCCAGCAGGCGUUUCUGGACCAGCAGCGGGUCCCGUUCCCGUUCCCGCUCCCACAGCUCCUCCUCGCACUACCGGAGGCGCUCCCUCUCCAGCUCACCUGACAGACGCCCCUCCUCCUGGUCUCGUCACAACACAGAUGCAAGCACCUUUCGUUCCAGGACUCAGAAGAGCCCCCACCCUCAGGCUCGCUCCCCUCUCAGCCGCAGGCCAAGGUAUGACAGCUACGAGGAGUACCAGCACGAGCGGCUGAAGAGGGAGGAGUACCGCCGGGACUACGAGAAGCGGGAGUUUGAAAGGGCCGAACAGAGAGAGAGGCAGAAGCAAAAAGCAAUAGAGGAGAGAAGGGUGGUGUACGUGGGGCGACUGAGGUCCGACUGCACCCGCACAGAGUUGAAGCGCCGCUUUGAAGUCUCUGGCGAAAUUGAAGAAUGUGCAGUGAACCUGAGGGACGAUGGGGACAAUUUUGGCUUCAUCACCUACCGCUACACUUGUGACGCCUUUGCCGCCCUUGAGAACGGACACACCUUACGCCGGUUAAACGAGCCUCAGUUCGAGCUGUGCUUUGGCGGACAAAAGCAGUUCUGCAAAUCACAUUACACAGACUUGGACUCCCAUUCGGACGACUUUGAUCCAGCCUCCACUAAAAGCAAGUACGACUCCAUGGAUUUUGACAGCUUGCUGAGGGAGGCGCAGCGCAGCCUGAGAAGGUAACCGGUCACAGAGGGACUUCUGAUACCUCACUGUGGGGUCUCGCUCCUUUGACGACGAGACCACCAGAAGUUUUACACUCUAUGCUAUAGAGUAUAUACGAAUAAGUCUAUAGACCUAUAUCAAUAUAAAUGAAUAUAUCAAAAAUAAAGUUUACAUGAACAUAGCUGCUGAAGAGCUGGGAAGAGACAUUGCAUUCUGGGAAAUCCAGCGAACCCUCAGAGCCUGGUGCACUGCUGUGCUACCGCCAGUGAAAGAAGAAAAAAAAAACUUGUGAUUUUUUUCUCAAAGCACUACAAUACCCACAAUUCUUUGGGGGUGAAAACAUGCAGCUUGUUCAGCCAGAUUUUUUUUUUUUUGCUGUUGAUUUUUUUCUUUCUUUAAACCUGGUGUUUGGAUAUCGUGUUACAUUACAAACAAGAGUAUAAGAAAUUGUGUCUUGGAGGUAAAAUUCUCAAGGUAACAUUGCUGUCUACAUUUUGAGGAGAAAUGUAGCCGUGUAUUUACAAAUACUAUAAAAAGGAAUAUUUUUAUUUUAUGUACAUAUCUGAUAAAGUUCUUUAUUUGUUACAGCUAUGCACUGUAAAACGCAGCCUUUUUUAAAAAUGGAGAACAUUUCUUAAUUCAGAAUGUCGAUCUGUGGUCAUUACAAUACUGUAAAACAUAUUGUACACCUACAUGAUGUUUAGAAGACAUGAUAUGAUUGUAAAAAAGAAAAAAGAUUUGUCUGAUUGCUCAUUUUGAGGGAGCAUGUGAACAAACGUCCUUUUUUAAGUUAUUUUGUCGGGGGGAAAAACAGUCAACCAUGUAUAGUUUUCUCUGUUUAUAACGUUUCUCAAUCAGUGUUUUUGCUUAUGAAACCAGUAUAAAAUGCAUUUUUAACGUGUUUUUCAUGAUUGUAAAAAAAAAAGAUACCCCAUUUUUUUAUUAAUUAUUUCUGAAGCAAUCAAUAUAUAUACAGAUAUGUAUAUAUGUAACUGGGUUUGAUUUCAUUGCUUUGUAUGGUUCUCCUUUUGAUUACCUUCAAUGAAAAAGACUACUGCAUUCAAAUCUGUUCAAUCAGUACAAACACAUAUUUAUCUAUUUAUUUUAUUAUUUGAAUCAAGACUAUUUAUGGGCUCCAUUUCGACAUGGCGCACCUCACAAAAUCUAUUUGCUGGUUUAUGUUGUCCUUCAAUUUGUGUUAUUUAACUUCCAAUCACUAGACAGGGUGUACAAUAAAUGGUUUGGUGGAGAUAAUAUUACCUUCUAUGCCUUUCCAAAACAAUCAAACCAUUCAGCUAAUCACUCCGGCAGGCAGCGCUCAUCACACAGAGAUUUCUGUCUCCACCAUCCGUCACAUCUCUUUCUCUUUCCACACACGAGCAGAACAUGAAGCAAUAAAAAUGAUUUAGCAGGAAUGUCUUUGUUGUACCACUGUAAACACUCGUUGUCAUCGCUCCACUCACGCUUGAUUAUGUGAAUGCCAAACAAAAGUUUACAAUUUCCUUUUCCUGAAUUUUUUUAAAGAUCUUGUAUUUGAUGUACAAUAUAUAUAUAUACUUAUAUAUAUAUGAUUAUAUUAUUCACGAUAAUUACAAGAUGAUUCAUAAUAAUAAUGAUAAUAAUAUAAAUGAAAGAAAAAACUAUAUAAAAAGCAAUAAAUUAUUUUUCAGAGUUGUAUUUUAGCUUCUAUUGUUGUGUGAUUUUUGGACUUGACCCAUUACCCAGUCGCUGGUUAGCUGCUGUAGGUUGACUCCAUUCCAGUCUCAUUUCAUCCACAUGACCCUGUGCGGUAAACACUUGAAUGUCCCCCCCACUUCCCACCACCACCACUUCCCAGUCUUCCCUUUUAAGAUGUAAUUGAGUCUAUGUGAUUGUAAUGCACGCAUUACCUUGUGACAUCUGUGCAGACGUGACUCUGAUCUCCACCUGUGUGUAAAUCGUGUUGAACCUGUGUGUUGUGUAGUGCAUGGCUAUUACAGGAUGACAGUCGGCACAGUAUUUACCACUUUGGAUAUCUGCCUCUCAGCUGUCUUCACUGGCAGAUUUUAAAUGACCUUCUAUAAGCCUAGAGAAAAACUACUCGACAAUGUAUCGCAUGCCGCACCUCUUUCCACCCUCCCCCGCCCAUCCUCCUCCUCUCACAGUCUAGAUAUCACAGCGCCGUCCACAUGACAUAAAAGGUAACCUUGCGGUUUUCUGGUUCAAUUAAUAUCCCGUUUCUAGCUCCAGCCAAGUAAUGAGAGAAGCAGCUUCCAAUCGUAGGAAGGACAAAAAUCUUUUGCUGAUCACAGACUUCCUUUCAUGGAGUUUGACUGUGGAGGCGAGAUUUUUUUAUGAUUCAAAGAGGCAAAAAUUGGUCCCAAGGAAUGAUAAAAAAAAAAAAUCCCUUCACCUGUGUUUCAAGACAUUGUUUUACUUUUUUGAUGUCUGUGUAGCGUUUGGGUAAUGGUGUCGUGUCCCAUUUGAUAGAUGUGGCUUUAAUCAUUGUAAUGAAAAAAUGCUUUGUAAAUUGCCAUAGAGUAGCAAUAUAUUAUAACACCUUCUGGUUCAAAAUUUGAAAUGUGGCGGACUUUUUAAUAAUGUGACCUACUGAGGACUUUGCCAGUGCUUAAACGUUUGUUGGGUAAUCAUGUUUUUUUUGGAAGGACAAUAUGUGUAUGAGCAAAUGUAUGUGUGUGUGUGUGUGUGAUUUUAGGCCGGUGUGUGCGUGUGUUUAUGGAAGUGUGUGGGUGGGUGUGUGUGUGUGUGUGUGUGUGUGUGUGGGGGAGGGGGGCCGCUAUGGGUUGUUACCUGUUUGUGUCCUAUCCACGUUGCCUUCUGCCAAGUCCUUACCAAUGCCUUUGUGGUUCUACCUAUUGUACGACUUUCUUGUGAAUUUCAUUUUUUAUGUGCAAUUCUCAUCAGCCUCACCAUGCCAAUAAAGGGAAAUGUGUUUGAAACAAAAA